CUCUGAGGGAGGGGGCUCGCUUGGCAGCAGGUGAGGGCGCAGCAUCACCUCCUCGCUGUGUUCACAGACGCAGAGCGGCGGAGGAGCGGAGCGGAGCCAUGGGAAAGCUUCAAGAAUUUGACAUCACUUUUACCAACAAUAAGGUGGUUUACGGUCCUGGGGAGUCUAUAAGCGGAACUGUGAAGAUAAAAACCGGCAGUUCGCUGCAGUUUAAAGCCAUCAAGGUGAACUGUCAGGGCUCGUGUGGGAUCUCCAACAAAGUGAACGACAACUCAUGGACUCUGGAGGAGCAGUACUUCAACAGCACACUGUCGGUUGCUGACAAAGCAUCUCUGGCAGCAGGCGAACACAGUUUCCCUUUCCAGUUUGUUAUUCCAGUCGCCGCCCCGACUUCCUUUGAAGGCCCCUUUGGCAAAAUUGUUUACCGUGUGAGGGCGGCCAUCGACACGCCUCGCUUCUCUAAGGACUACAAAGCCCAGAGGCCCUUCUACCUACUCAAUCUGCUCAACCUCAAUGAGGUGCCUGACAUUGAGCAAUUGAGUUAUGCUGUGACCACUAAGAAGUUCAGCUACCUCCUGGUGAAGACGGGGACGCUGAUGUUGAAAGCUCACAGCGACCUCAGGGGUUACAUCCCCGGACAGGUCAUCAAGUUAGCCACUGAGAUCCACAACAAGUCUGGGAAGGACACAGGAUGUGUACUGGCCAGUCUCAUACAGAAAGUGACCUAUAAGACCAAGCGGCCUGUGUUCGACCUGCGGACUAUCGCUGAGGUGGAGGGAGCCGGGGUGAAAGCAGGAAAACACGCAGAGUGGAGGGAGCAGAUCAUCGUCCCUCCUCUUCCUCAGUCAGCGCUGGCCGGCUGCAGCCUCAUAGAUAUCGACUAUUUCAUUCAGGUGUCACUAAAGUCUCCAGACGCAGUCGUCACUCUUCCCAUCUACAUCGGGAACAUUGCUGUGAACUUGUCUCCAUCAAGACCCAUCCCUUCCAGAGUGACCCCUGCGCCCAGGGCGGCAGGGGUGACACCCAGCGCCCCACCGGCAGAGGAGGACCCAGAGGAGGGGCUGUGUGCAGGGGGCGUGGCCAGUGAGGAGAUUCCCACAAAGAGUCACUCCCAGCAGGACCCCUCAGGACAGCCGGUCACCAUGUCCCCCAGCGCCUUCAGCCACGCACCCGGAGCAGCCCUGCCUCCAAGCCACAGGCAGCCUGACACCUCCGCCCCCUUGUUCUGUGUGUCCACCGGGGCCACCAUACCUUUCUUCACUGAGGGAGAUGUGACUCCUGUGCCCACUUCGUGCUCUCUCAUCCUCCCUCCAGAGUACAGCAGCUGGGACUAUCCUCAUGAGCCCCCACCAACUUAUGAAGAAAGCUGCAGUAGCGCCAACUCUUCUUUCAACAGUAGACAGUGAAAAAGAAGCACCAUGGCCACACCCACUCACACCUGACGGAACUCGCCUCUCAACCAAUCAGGACGGAGACACGCUGGGUUUAGGAGGAUGGACCAUAACUCCACCUCAGGACUUCCCAAAGACUGUUUCUUUGUCCUCUAAUAAGUGAAAAAGGGAUCCUAUCUUAUAUUGAGUAUAAGUUUGAGUUUCACCUCCUGUCCCAACGCUGUGUCAGACAGAGAGGCUGAACAUCACUGUGCCUAAAGGAUGUGUGUUGGAUCAUCAUAGAGCAUUUACAACUCUCAGAGUGGGUUUGUUUUUUUCAUGGGGCAGGUUUAAAUCUGUUCACCUUUGUUUCCUUUUUUCUGUGACUUUUUGCAUCUGGGAUGCCUUGAAAAAGAUUUUGGCCUCCUGAAGGCUCCUGUUUGAGGAGAUCAGACAUUUAGGCCUUUUUUUGCAGUCCGAUUGUGCACUUGUUAUUGUGUCCACUUCUGUCUGCUUGUGUCUCAAGUUGUCCUCACCGUCAGCAGGGCAGAGCUGUCGUCACGCUGGAUAUUUUAAGGAGAUUGGCUGAAAUUGUGAUUUGUCUGUAAAGCAAGUUAGUCCUGUGUGCAGGAUUUCUCUGUAGUAUAUUAAUAUUAUAUUAAUAUAAUAUAUAAUAUAAUAUUGUAAUGACCUUUAGAUGUUUUAAUCACAAAAAAAGUCUCUAAGUGAGCAUAAUUAAACUGACAAGUCAUUAAAUCACAAAGCUUAGAAUGAGCAAGGUUUGGGGAAAAACUAGGAAAGACAAUCAUUCAAAAAAGUUUACAAGUAUUAAGAAAAUAAGUUAAAAUUACAUGUAAUUUUAAAGGACUUGUCCUCAGAUACAUUUACUUUAAGAAUAAUUUAGAAUGGAUCACCGAUGCUUUAUUUUUAAGAAAAUGUGACAAUGCCUUUCAAAAGAAUCUGCAUACACUGUAGGCUAGUAGCAUGCUUUCCUGCAAUUGUCUUUUAAUUCUACCAGUCAGAAAUAAUGUGAUCUUACACACAGGGGCUUUAAAGACAAAUAAUAUCAGAGCAACACCUCUCAGUUGUGUAAUGCAAGUAGCUUUUAAAACAUUGUUUCAUCAGCUCAAAAAAUAAUGAGUUAUUUAAUAUGUAAUAAAUAUUCUUUCAAUGUUGAGAACAUUUAAACUAUCUUAGAUAAGUUACAUAUCAUCUCUGCACCACCUCCCAUUUCUGGCUCAUACAGCUGAGAGGUUUUUGCUUUGACAGGUUUGGUAUUCAGAGGACGGUGUGACUGCAGAUGAGGCUCAUUAUCCUGCAGCUGCACAUGAGGACUGCAACGCUGACGCCCUCUUGUGGUCAUCGCUGGUACAGGUUUGAUCUCCACUUGUCUGAAGCUGGAGCUCACUAAACUACUUCACUGAGUCUGUGCUUCUGAGAUGCACGGACUGAGGUCGGCUGUAUGUUCAUACAUCGCAUUUUCUCACAACGGACAAAUUGAGAUCUGAGAUGAGUGUUUUCUAGUCUCAGUCUGAAUGAGAUUGUUUUUCUCCUGUUUGUUGCCUUAACUUUCUUUGAGUGUAACAUUAGUGAGAUGAGAAUCCUCUGACUUUUCAGUCAGUGCAGAUGAUAAACAUACAUUUGCACAACGCAGCACUUUUAACCAUUUGAGUGCAUGGGUUUCUUUGUGCACGUGUAUAAUACGUGUGUGUGUGUGUGUGUGUGUGUGUGUGUGUGUGUGUGUGUGUGUGUGUGUGUGUGUGUGUGUGUGUGUGUGUGUGUGUGUGUGUGUGUGUGUGUGUGUGUGUGUGUGUGUGUGUGUGUGUGUGUGUGUGUGUGUGUGUGUGUCUUUAAAAAGAGCUAAUUAGGACAAAAUGUUGAGUUCCCUGCGUUCUGUUUUUACUCAAAUUCCAUUGUUUUUUUAAUCAGCAUGUGAUAAAUUAGCUUUGGGACAUUUGUGAACAGGUGCAUGGUGAUCAUAUUUUGAUCAGAUGUUACAUUAUUCCCACAUUUAUUUGAUCAUCCUUAAACUGCAAAACUCACAAAAUUAAUCAUUGAAGUUUUUGAUUUAUACACAAAAGAAGAGUUUGUAUCAUGAGGUUUAUAAAAGUUUUUCUUUUUUUUUAAAGUUCAUGGCUUUGAAAAUUAGUUUGGGAUGAGUUUGAUAAGUUUUAUACCUAAUUUUGCAAACAUUUGUCAUCUGGUGUCAUAUUCUAGUGGCAGAAAAUAUCUUUGUUUAUAUUAAAUUAUGUGAACCACAUCACCCAGUUCUGCUGCAUGUGUUGUGAAAGCAGCAGCACAAACUCAUUAUCUCUCCUCUAUGGGGAACUAAUGCCACUGGGAAUCCUGAGCACAACUGCUGUAUUUGAAGUUUGUAUGACUACUGAUAAUGUUGGUCCUAUUUUACCACAACCCAUUCUGUGAAUUAAAAAAAAAAGCAUUGCUAGUGUCGGCUUCUGACUCUCAAUCACGUUUGUAUGUUUUACCCAGAAUGUGUUUGUUUUUCUUCUGUUUUUUUGUUUUUACAGAGAAACUGAUUUUACUGUUGACAUUCACUCAAACUACCAUACUCUGGCUCGACAUUAUUGUAAAUGCAUGCCUUAAACCAUCUGAAAUCCUGCAACGGCAUUCAGGAGCCUGUGAUGGACUUCAUUCUGAUCCACUGGGGAUGAUGUCAGGAUGUGCAGGUGCUGACCUUCCUGAUUUCUUCUCCUGUGGACUGUGGCUAACGCAAAUGUAGCUUCUAAAAACAGUGAGAACGCUGGACCUUAGACCUGUUGAACUUUGUAUUUUUUUUGUAGAAAAUAUGUGCAAUUCCUCUCGUUUCCAAGAACCCUGCAGCAGCUCCCUGAAGUCAUCUCACUCUGCCUUUUUUGCAUCCAGUUCUGUUGAAUUUUCUCCACCUAAAGGUACUAUAGCUUUAUGAAGCCUCACUUGUUCUGUGUCAUUCUUUCUCCCUCACACAUUGAUGAGUGGUGUCUGGUUUUGUAUUUUUCUACUUGUAAACCGUUUACAGGUGCAGUAUGCAGAUACUAAUAGUAGCACCUCAAUCAGUAAAUGUAAUAUUUCAACUUACAUUCCAAAUUUAAAGUUUUACUGUACAGUAUAACAAUAAAAGUAUAUGACAUG